UGUCAAAUGUUCUGUGCCAGUAGCUGAUAUAUCUUAUGAUUUUAUUUACAUCUUUCAACAUUUUGAGUGUAAUGUGACUGACAUUUUUUAUUUUCUCUGCUCACAAAUUGGUUUGUCUUACUGCAGAUUGAUUUCUAUUGUUUAUUUGUGCAUGAUGGUUCUGUAAUUUAACAUGAAUAAAUGUGCUUGUGGUGAUCAUUAAGUUCAUUAAGGUUCAAAAGGAAGUUGUUAUAAAGCAGAAAGUUGUUUGUUAUUCAAAGUUUUUACUGACACCAAUGCAAAUAUUAUGAAAUGUAUUCAAAUGUGCAUUUUACUAUUCGAUAGAAUCGAAGAGAUUGUUGCCUGACCUAUUCCAACUAUUCAAUGAGACUGACAAAAGUUUUACAUGCCUAAAUCUGAAUGAAGGGAAUUAAGUUAAGCGCCUGUAAAUGGAACCUAAUUCCCUUUUUAUCGACUUUUCGCUCUACGUGCAUUCUGACCUUGAAUUUAAGCACGAGAGUUGUGUUUCCGAGGACGUACGGCUCUCGACCUUCGCCUCUCAGGAGUCCGUACCCGUACGGGAGUUGCAGCGAUGAGACAAGACUGUAACUCCCGCUAUUUUGUUUGCGGUGGAGAUCAAAGAAAUUAAGAAGUUUAUUCAGCGCGCACAAAGUAACCAGGCCUGCAAAGCCCGUUACGCACCUGCGUAAGAUGGAGCUGCCACCUCGACCAAAACUCUUUGACUUCCAUGGAGUCUCCAUGAUCCACCAUUUCACUGACAACUGGGAGAACAUACGAAACUUCCAGGCCAGGCCAGAUGAUAUCCUCAUCGCCACUUACCCCAAAGCAGGUACCACAUGGGUGUCCUACAUUCUAGACCUGCUGUAUUUUGGUCAGACAGCCCCUGAGCGUCAGACUUCACUGCCUAUCUAUGAGAGGGUGCCUUUCCUGGAGAGUGACUUCCAUAUUAUCCCUCCAGAACCAGAUCCUCACCCCUCUGUACACACAGGAACAGAGCUGGCAGACAAGUUAUCCACCUCUCCUCGCCUCAUCAAGACUCACCUCCCAGUCCAGUUGGUGCCCAAGUCCUUCUGGGAGCAGAACUGUAGGAUAGUGUAUGUGGCCCGUAAUGCCAAGGACAAUGCAGUGUCUUAUUUCCACUUUGACCGUAUGAACCAGGCCCAUCCAGAGCCAGGAGACUGGAACAACUACUUACAGAGAUUCAUGGAUGGAAAGAUGGUGUUUGGUUCCUGGUACGACCAUGUAACUGGCUGGUGGGAGAGGAAACAGACUCACUCAAAACUCCACUACGUUUUCUAUGAGGAUAUGGUUGAGGAUACGAGGAGAGAGCUGGACAGGCUGUGCUCCUUCCUAGGUUUGUCUCCUUCAGCAGAGGAGAAGGAGAGGGUGAGAGGCGGAGUGCAGUUUGAUACUAUGAAGAAGAACAGCAUGGCCAACUAUUCCACCAUCCCAAUCAUGGAUAUCAAGAUCUCUCCAUUCAUGCGAAAAGGAAAGGUUGGUGACUGGAAGAACCAUUUCACUGUGGCCCAGAGUGAACAGUUUGAUGAAGACUUUAAGAAGAAGAUGAAGAACACCACUGUACAGUUCCGCACUGUAGUCUAGGGGUUGUGAUCAGGUUGACUGGUGCAUAUGCAUCUCAGCUCUGCUGGAGUCAUGGUGCUGAAAUGUACAAUAUGCUGACACUAUCUCUACUGUAUAAAUAAGAGCUAAUGAUGUGUUAGUGUUAAAAGUUGUGGAUGUUUUUUAUAUGCUUUUGUAUGUGUGCAUGUCACAGAAUAUUGUGGAAUUCAAUUUAAGAAAAAUAGCAGUGCAAAUAUCACAUCUGUUAAUAAAGCUGCCUUCAAAUUCA